AUGCAGUCGGGCCAGGUUAAGCGGGUCGAGACCACGCCUUUCGAAGGCCAAAAGCCUGGAACCUCUGGUCUCCGCAAGAAGGUGAAAGUUUUUACGCAACCCCAUUACUUGCAAAAUUUUGUUCAGUCAACAUUCAAUGCCCUUCCAGCAGAUAAAGUUAAAGGUGCUAGAAUUGUUGUAUCUGGUGAUGGUCGCUAUUAUUCAAAGGAAGCUAUUCAGAUCAUAAUUAAGAUGGCAGCAGGCAAUGGAGUAAGAAGUGUUUGGGUUGGUCAAAAUGGGUUGCUUUCAACUCCUGCUGUAUCAGCUGUCGUACGUGAAAGAGUUGGUGCUGAUGGAUCAAAGGCAUCAGGAGCAUUUAUACUGACAGCAAGUCACAAUCCAGGUGGCCCAAAUGAGGAUUUUGGGAUUAAAUACAACAUGGAAAAUGGUGGACCUGCUCCAGAGUCGAUCACUGACAAAAUAUAUGAGAACACAACAAAAAUAAAGGAGUAUUUGACAGUCGAGCUACCUGAUGUGGAUAUCGCUAAAGUAGGUGUAACCACCUUUUCAGUGGAUGGAGGAACUUUUGAUGUUGAUGUUUUUGAUUCAGCGAGUGAUUAUGUGAAGUUGAUGAAGUCAAUCUUUGAUUUUGAGUUUAUCCGGAAGCUGCUAUCAUCUCCAAAAUUCACAUUCUGUUAUGACGCACUACAUGGAGUUGCUGGAGCUUAUGCAGAACGUAUUUUUGUGGAAGAGCUUGGUGCAAAAGAAAGCUCAUUAUUAAACUGCGUACCCAAGGAAGACUUUGGAGGAGGGCAUCCAGAUCCUAAUCUGACCUAUGCAAAGGAGUUGGUUGCACGAAUGGGAUUGGGUAAAUCAACUACUCAAGAUGAGCCCCCAGAAUUUGGUGCUGCUGCUGAUGGUGAUGCAGAUCGUAACAUGAUCCUCGGUAAAAGGUUUUUUGUUACCCCAUCGGAUUCUGUAGCCAUCAUUGCUGCAAAUGCAGUUGAAGCCAUACCUUACUUCUCUGCUGGUCUGAAGGGAGUUGCCAGGAGCAUGCCUACAUCUGCUGCCCUUGAUGUUGUAGCCAAACAUUUAAAUUUGAAAUUUUUUGAGGUGCCCACUGGCUGGAAAUUUUUUGGUAAUCUGAUGGAUGCUGGGUUAUGUUCAGUUUGUGGGGAAGAAAGUUUUGGAACAGGUUCGGAUCAUAUACGCGAGAAAGAUGGUAUCUGGGCAGUUUUAGCUUGGUUAUCUAUACUUGCUUAUAAAAAUAAGGAAAAUCUUGGUGGGGAGAAGCUUGUCAGUGUAGAAGACAUAGUUCGUCAGCAUUGGGCUACCUUUGGUCGCCAUUAUUAUACUCGAUAUGACUAUGAGAAUGUGGAUGCAGGUGCAGCAAAGGAACUGAUGGCAUCUUUGGUGAAAUUGCAAUCUUCCCUUUCUGAAGUCAAUCAGAUUGUGAAGGGCAUACGUUCAGAUGUCUCCAGUGUUGUCGACGCUGAUGAAUUUGAAUACAAGGAUCCUGUUGAUGGCUCCAUCUCAAAACACCAGGGCAUUCGGUACUUGUUUGAGGAUGGAUCACGAUUGGUUUUCCGCCUCUCAGGCACUGGCUCAGAAGGUGCCACAAUCCGACUAUACAUUGAGCAGUACGAGAAGGAUCCUUCAAAAAUUGGCAGAGAAUCUCAAGAAGCACUUGGUCCUCUUGUGGAGGUUGCUCUUAAGCUUUCCAAGAUGCAAGAAUUCACUGGUCGAUCUGCCCCUACUGUUAUUACAUAG